AUGAAGAUUUUAAUCGCAUCAAUUGGAGGAACUGUGAGAGCCGUUAUAAUUAUGGCAUUUGGAUUUUUAUUUUAUAAAUGGAAUAAAAAUAGGAAUGAACAAUCUCCCGAGCAACAUAUUUUACCUGAAAUAAUCUGCUACGUAAAUUUUGGAUUCUUCAUUUGCAGUGUUGGUAUUGGACCUUGUCAAAUUCCCAAUAAUGGACUAUUGGACUUUGGACCUAAAGAAGAUGUCCAGUCCAAUUCCAAUUCAAAUGGACUAUGA